CCCUCUGUGACCCCAAAGCGACGACCAUGGAAACCCUUUUCAGAGUCUCACUUCGUCUUCUACCGGUUUCCGCCGCCGUGACACGUCGCGGCGCAAUCCGUUUCCCCGUUACAACACCCGGUUCCUCCCACUUGCUGAACCGUAGUCUGUAUAAGUUCUCUUCUUCUUCGGCCUCCUCCUCUGUGAAGACAAAUGCAGGUUGGCUGUUGGGUCUGGGGGACAAGAAGAAGAAGCCAACGAAUUUACCGGAUAUCGUAGCGGCUGGAGAUCCGGUUCUGCACGAGAAGGCCCGAGAGGUUGACCCGGAUGAAAUCGGGUCGGAGCGUAUUCAGAAGAUAAUCGAUGAUAUGGUCAAAGUUAUGAGAUUGGCUCCUGGUGUUGGCCUCGCCGCUCCUCAGAUUGGUAUCCCCUUAAGAAUUAUUGUUUUGGAAGAUACAAAAGAGUAUAUAAGUUACGCACCAAAGGAGGAGGUUCUUGCUCAAGAAAGGCGUCCUUUUGAUCUCUUGGUGAUGGUGAAUCCGGAGCUUAAGGGGGUUAGCAACAAGAAAGCUCUCUUCUUUGAAGGAUGUCUGAGUGUGGAUGGAUUCAGAGGUGCGGUGGAGAGAUACCUUGAAGUGGAAGUCACAGGCUACGAUCGUCAAGGGAAGAGAAUCGAAGUGAAUGCUUCAGGUUGGCAAGCGAGGAUUCUGCAGCACGAGUGCGAUCAUUUGGAUGGUAAUCUUUAUGUGGAUAAGAUGAUACCACGCACUUUUAGGACAGUCGACAACUUGGACUUGCCUCUCGCAGAAGGCUGUCCUAAACUCGGGCCUCAAUGACCCAGACAGACAGAUUCUUCGACAGAAGUUUGUUAAUGUAAUUUUUGAUUCUUAAACAUGUGAGCUUAAUAUAAAAAAAAAACAUGGGAGCUUAAUAUAAAAAGUUUUUUGGGAUUUAAGAUUUUUUUUAUUCAUUUACGAUAAGACCACACCACAAAUUAAGACAGCUAUUUAAUAGUUGGAAAUGAGUCAUCUCGCUCGAUCUGAAAAAGACACGGCGGCGAAGGCGUGAAAUGCGGCGGUGAAAUGGCCCCUCAGAUCAAGCAAAUAUAAAACUAGAGCUUAAAUUUAAGUUAAUUAAACAAUAAAUAAAAAGGAAAGAUCUAAUCACAGCCGUCCGUUUUCCAAUCAACGGACAAACCCAUGCCGGGAAUUUUAUCUCUGGAACACACUUCAAUCUAAAAUUCGGACAGAGAUUGUGGAACGAACCCAUGUCGGAAAGUCGGUUUGAUUUAUACAGAAAUUAUAUCUUGAUAGCUAAUUUACAAAUCACCCAGAAAAAAUCAUAAGUAUCACAAUCUAUAAAGCUUAACCGGAGGAAAUCCAGAAGAGAAAUAAAGAUUGUAUCAGAGAGCCACACAGAGAAAUACAAAAAAAAAAAAAAAAAAAAAAAAA